AUGUUACAGCAGGGUUCUUCCUCGAGGAGGAGUUUGCAUGGUAAUGAUUUUCACACGCUCACUUCUCCUUCAAGGAGAGACUCUUUGAGUAUUCCUAGGGCUGUGGACGCUAGAUCUGCGUCUACGAUUGAUCUGUUCUACAUACCGGAUGCUACCGUCUCAAGGAGGCACUCUACUCUGGUGGCUAAUAGAUCAGACAAUAAUGGUAAUGGCGCACCGAUGCGCCAGUACAAUAAACCUAACUUUGCUUCCUCCUCGACUUCAUCUCUGCCUUCAACUAGAAAUCGCCCCUCUCGCUACGAUAACAUGAAUAUGAAUAUGAAUAUGAAUAUGAACAUGAACAUGAACAUGAACAUGAACAUGAACAACCAUACUACCAGUGAUCACAAUGCGCACCCGCAAUAUCGUUGUAGACCAAACCCGUCCAGACGCCACUCCUUAAUGACCAUUCCCGAAAAGUACUCUGGUAGUCGCUACAGUCUCCGAUCAUCCCCGCCUACCUAUUCUAAUCCACGUGUUAGGAAGGAACUUACUCCUUUCCAAUUACAAAGAAAGCAGAUGAAAAGCGCUUUUCAAUUCCCCAACGGUGAAAAUUUCACGCCAAGAAACCAGAUAGCAAGGCUUCCGCCAUCUUCGACUUUUCCCGACUCUCCUUCUAGUUCAUCGUUGCCUUUGACCCAGACUGGAGGCCCAUCUUCCGCAGAUAACGAUUCCAUUGCCACUGGCACGAACAAUCGUUCUCCUCAACAAACGAAAGCUGCUGAUGCUAAUCAGAAAUCUGAAUCCGAGUCUCCAAAGGCAAUUAGAUCAAAUUCUAAAAAGAUAUCUCGUUUCUUCAGGAAAAUCUGGUCGUCCAAGUCAUCAAAUUCUGCAGAUUCCGUAGAAGAGAAUAGCAAAACAAAGCAGAAAAGGAAAAAUCCGGAGAGAGUUGUACCAGAACCGAUAACGUCCCUUGACCAACCGGUUGAAAUUAUAAAACAGAGUUUUUCAACCGUUAACAAUCACGAAACGGCUGUACCUUCAAUUAAGGACUCUGGCAUAGUACAAGAAUUGACAGCACUCGGAGAUAAUAACAGGAUACCAGUUCUUCCACCCCCUAGGUCACCAAACAGACCUACACUGUCUGAUAAACGAACUACAAAGUUAUACUACUGUAGUCAAGAUUCGUCUAAUGAAGAUAUUGCUCCAGAGGAAAAGAGCACCGUUUUCUUAAAGCGUUUGCAGGAUGAAUGGUCUACCGUGUAUUUAAACAAAUUGCCUUUGACUGCUUCUGUGCCAUCUUCUCUCUCUACCACUACUGAUGCUGCGAACUCUUCGUUCAUAAACUCUUCAAUAUCAUCGCCGGCUCCUUCUUCUUCGUCCUCGUCAUCGUUGGUUUCCCGUGGACCAAUGCAAUCCAUAUCUUCUUCGCCAACACCUGCCCCUUCUUCAGGGUCAUCGAAAUCUAAAAAUGCCGUCAAAUCCUUACGCUUUGCGGAUGAGAUUUAUGUAAACGAUACGUGGUCCGCCGCGGACUAUUGCAGGUGUGAUAAUACCUUUUUGAAUAAUUUCUUUAAAGGAAAGAGCCAAGACAUUACCAAUCCUUCUACUUUUGUCGGUAAUAAUCUCUCAUCCACAAAAAAUAUAUCCAAUAUUGAAAUCAAAAUGGAGGUGAAUGAGUUCAAAAGAAAGGAAAUGCGCGUUCACCAGGAUAGCGCUAAGUAUACACAUUACUACUUAUAA